AUGGAUUUAUAUAAACAUCAUACGAAUAAGAAAAGAAAACUUGAUAAAUCAAAAAAGAAUGAAAAAAAUUUAAAGAAAAAAGAUAAUAAAAAUGAGAACUCAACUAGUUGGUUUGGACCAUGUUGUACUCGGAGGAAACAUCAUGUAACAUCAAUUAAAAACGAUAAAACACUUGAAACAUCUAUGAACAAAAUUUCAUUAGAAAAUAAAAAAAUUGACAUACAAUUAAAAUCUAAUUUACCAAUACAAUCUCUGUCUAAUGAUAAAGUUUCAAACAUACAAAUGACAUAUUUUAAACGGUCACCAUUAUAUAAUGAAUCGACAUUUUGUCAAAAAGCAUUUGAAUCAUUCGAUGAUUCUUGUAUUAAAUGUACUGUUCAAUAUGGACCUGAUUUAUACGAAGAUAUUCAUAGAAAUUUUCAAAAUUUAAAAAACCAAUUAUGUGAUAAUAAUAAAUCUAUGUCAAUUGAUGGAUUUGUCACAUUUUCGGACAAGAAAAUCAAUGAUGAUGAUCUUAAUAGUUGCUCUACAAAAGAAAAAUCUUUAAAUAAAACAAUAAAUCCUUUAAAAAUUAAUGUAAAUUCGUUUAUUAAUGAUAUUAUCGGUGAUGGAGUUGAUCGUGUAUCUCAGAUAAUUAAAAUGAUGUCAACUCAUUGUAAUAAACAAAAUGAUCUUAAAAUAGAUAAAAAAUUAUCGACAAAUAUCGAAAAUAAUUUUCAACUAAAUGAAUCAAACAAAAAAUCAUUCUAUCAUGAAAAAAGAAUACAAAGUGAUGAUAAUAUUAGACAACAUCAAUAUCAAUAUCAAGGACUUGUCUUUAAAAAACAAAAUGUAAAAACAAUAUCUCCAAUGUAUCAUCAUUCAUCUAUUGAACUCUCUUUAGACAACACAUCAACAAAAACCACUGCAGAUGAUUAUUACUGGGAUUUAACUUCGAACAAGACAAAUAUUGAUCAAGAAAAAGUACUUGAUAAAAAAAAUUCAUCACAAAAUCAAGAACCUUAUAAUUGGAAUGAUCAAGAAUAUCCAUGGCCAUCAUCAUUCGCUUUGUCUCAAGAAGAUCAUUUGAUUGAUAGUCUACAUGAUCAAUCUAAUCAAAUAAUAAUAAAUGAUGAAGAUAAAGCUUUAUCAGAUGAUGAUGAUGAUGAUUGUUCAUACACUAUUGCAUCAGUUUUACCAUCAAAUAAAACAAAGAAAGCGCAAUUAAAUAAGAAUGAUGUACAAAAUUCAAAUACAUCUCUUGAUAUUCCUAAUCACCAAGAAGCUUUUUCGACAUAUGAAUUUCAUGAAAAUACUGAUAGAAUAUUGUAUCAUGAAAAUAAAAACAAAUAUAACUUAGAAAAAACCUAUCCAGAUGAAUUCGAAGAUCAAAAUCUUAUUAAUAUGAACCAACAACAAACAUCUAUUCCAAAUUUAGUUGAAAACAAUAAUUUAUUAUCAACAAUUAAUUCUACUCAUUCUUCAGAAGUCAAUCAAGAUAAAAUUCGAAGAAUAAAUUCAUUAAAAUUAACGAAAAUAAAUAACCAGAUUUCAAUGUCUUCUAUUCAAAAUGAUAGAUCAUUUUCAAAAAGAAAUAUUUCAAAUCUUCAUGAACAGCAAUCAUUAUUUGAAGAUACUAAACUUCAAUCAUCAUCUCAAAUAGAUCAACAAUAUGAAUUCGCACAACCAAAUGAUCGAUCUAGCGCAAGAUCGAUUAGUGAUCUUUACGAACAAAUUACUCCUGCAAAGAAACAAAAAUUAAUCGAUUCAGAUUCCAUUAAUACUGUUUACUCAAUACCUGUUUCAACACAUUCAUCAGUAUUAUUAAAAGCAAUAACAGAUAAACAUAAUAAAACUAAUGUUCAAUCAUCACGAACAACUUUAACUGAAGAGUGUCCUUCAACUUCAUCAAAUACCGAAGAUAAACAACAUAAUAAUAAAAUAAUCCUAGAUACAAAAGAUCAAACUCGUUCUACAUAUGAUGAUAUAAUCAAUUCUUGGCGACGCUUACUAGAACGUCUUUUAGGUUUCAUAUUACCAUCUAUACAUAAUACUAAUAAUAAUAUAAAUUUAUCUUCAUCUAUCAUAUCAUCUGAUAUGCAUUCCUGGUCGACAUUGAUACCAACAGAAACAUAUAAUAUGACUCAAUCUGAUAAUAAUGGUCCCUGGUGGAGUCGACGUGAUGUUUACGAUCGAACUCCUGCUACAUUUAUAUUCGCUAAUGAACCAUUAAAUACAACGUAUUCAAUAAAAACAAUUACUAGUAACAAACAAAUGUGCAUAUCUAUUGAGAAUAGAUCAUGCUAUUCUAAAUAUUAUAGUUAUCCGUAUAUAUGUCACUGCUGUUGCAGUUCAUCGAUAACUAUAAACAAUAGUUCAUCAUCUUCUUAA